UUUUGUUCUAGGUUUAGAUUUAGCGGAAGAGUAUUAGGAUUAGCGCUAGUUCAUCAAUAUCUUUUGGACGCGUUUUUCACACGCCCUUUUUACAAAGCUCUGCUGAGACUCCCCGUGGCUUUGUCAGAUUUGGAAAGCUUAGAUUUUGAAUUUCACCAAUCCCUACAGUGGAUUAAGGAACACGACGUGUCACUGCAAGGAGAACUUGAGCUUACCUUUGCCGUAACGGAGGAAGUAUUCGGGCAAGUUUUGGAGAAGGAAUUGAAACCGGGAGGAAGAAAUGUUCCGGUCACAGAGAAAAAUAAAAAGGAGUACCUAGAAAGGAUAGUAAGGUGGCGCCUAGAGAGAGGAGUUUCAGAACAAACCGAAUCUCUAGUUAGGGGAUUUUACGAAGUCGUUGAUCCUAGAUUAGUAAGCGUUUUCGAUGCCAGAGAAUUAGAAUUAGUUAUAGCCGGUACAGCAGAAAUAGAUUUGCUGGACUGGAGAAAUAAUACAGAAUACAGGAGCGGGUAUCAUGAUCAGCAUCCUGUUGUUGCUUGGUUUUGGCAAGCAAUCGAAAGGUUCACUAAUGAGCAAAGGUUGAGAUUAUUACAGUUCGUUACGGGUACUUCUAGUAUUCCAUUUGAAGGCUUCGCCGCGCUUAGAGGCUCGAUAGGUUCUAGAAAAUUUUGCAUAGAGAAAUGGGGAAAGCCAAAUAGUCUACCAAGGGCGCAUACUUGUUUUAAUAGGUUAGAUUUGCCACCCUAUCCAACAUUUGAAGUUCUGUUUGAAAAGCUUCUGUUGGCAGUUGAAGAGACUAAUACGUUCGGUAUCGAAUAGAUAUAAUUAUU